AUGCUAUUUAUUUUGGAGGAGGAAAAUGAAGAUGAUGAAAAAGAAGACACUAAAACCCCAAGAAGUGGCAAAAAGUUGUGGAGCAGCAUAAAAAAGAGUCUUAAAGAGACUAGUGCCACUGAUGUAUUGCAUGCUAUGGGUGCUGUGCCAUCAGGAUUCAGGCUUCCUACACUGGGAAAACUCUAUGCUGAUGGGGAUGAAUACACCAUGAAGAACUAUCUCAUUCCAAAGCUGAGUACUUCUAAUCUGUCAUUCAGGGACCUGUUUUUCAACCCAGUGACCAAUAAGAUCAGACCCCGUCCUGUUCGCUUCCAAAAGAUUGUCACACUCCAGGCAGCUAGACAAAUUCCACAUGCAGGAACAGGUAUAGAAGUAAUUAACUACUGUGUGAGAAUGUGUCUCUUUGAUGGGGCAAAGGUGCUUAGCAACAUAGUGACAGUGAGGUCAUUUUGUACAGACAAAGAACUGAAAAACUGGUCUUUUCAUACAAAGUUGACUGACAACCUACCUUGUGUUGACUAUGCAGAGAUAUUUGUCCGUGACAACAAAGGAGACAAAGAUAUAGGUGUACUGUUUGAGUUAUGUUUAGGAUAUAAAAGAGUGAAAACUGGUGAACUGGGAGAGUUUAGCUGUGGCUGGGCCCAUCUGCCUCUGUUUGCUGAAGAUGGUACCCCAGCUCUUAAUAAAACAUAUGACUUAUAUGUAAAUGGAGGUACACCAUAUGAAAAAGGCAUUGAAGUAGACCCCUCAGUAAGCAGAAGAGAGAGUACCAAUAAGUGGCGAGCCUUAGUGUCCAAAAACAGACAGCCCAGGCUGUCAGUCAAACUGUCAGCACCCACCAAGGAGCAGAAAGAACAACUAGAUACAUUACCAGAUGUGCUAGUUGGCAGUAUGUGUCACCUAGGGUCCUUGUCCUACUACAGGCAAUUCCUGGCAGAUGCUUUACUUAGAGACAGAUUAGAUAUGCAGUCUACAGAUUUGGUCCACAGCCCAUUCCUGAUGUCAUUUCCUUCUGUGAUGGAGCAACCAGAUAUAUUAGAUGUAUUUAGAGCUUCUUGGAUUGAAAAAUUAAAAAUCACAAAGAGAGGAGACAAGCGAGAUGCAGAGCACAUGAAGGAGUUGUUUCGUCAAACAUUUCUGGAAACAUGCUACCCCUUAUGUCAUUCAGCCAAUUUACAACAUUACAAAUUUGGGGAUGCUGAUGUAGAACAGAAUAGAGCAGCAGAGCUGACAAAGAUUGCACAGAUGAACAAGGAGAAGAAUUCAGCCCUGGCUGCUCUCCUAUCACCGGAUGUAGCACAUUUGCCUUUCGACAUGAAAGAAUUGUCCUUUGAUGUGCUUGGGCCAUUCUGCCUGGUCAAGUGACAUUGUUUACGAAUUGACCUUUGGCAUCCUGGGAUGGCACACUCUGGGCAAGUUGCAAUUUUUUGCCUGGUUAAGUGACUUAAUUGACAUCAGCUGCCAUUUGGCAUGCUGGGACAAUUCUUUCUAGUUAUGUCAUGAUCAUUGACAAGAAAAUACUGACUAUUGUUAUUUUUUGCCACAGUUUGACUUGAAUCGAAGUUCAUGGGUAAUAUUUAUACACACAGGUGUAGUUCAGCUCCAAAAAUUAUGGUGCAAUUCAUGGAAAAAACAAGUGCUAUUUCACUGAUUAUUACUGUCAAUGGAAAAAUGGAGCAGAACAUAAAAUCUGUGCAGUGAAUUUGAAAUAAUGGCUAAAAAGUGCUAAGACAACUUGUGAAUUCUGCAGCAAGAGUUGCAAACAUAAGCAGACAGCAAAGUACAAGGCUGACUGCAUAGUAGAAUAACAUUUCUGUUGUUAACUGCCAUAAGUAAACUGCCUUAAAAUGGUAAUUAAAGCACAUGAUGACCUUUUUAUACACCAGACUUAAACAUACAAAUUUAGUGUGUCUAAAUUAUUCUUUUAUUUA